AGUGGAACGCACUCUAUAUCUAGACUGCGCGUUGAGGAGUGGGGGUAGAGGUUCACGUAGAAAAGGACUCACUCUGUUUCGUGGUCGUGCGUUCUCUUUCGUUCUCGCAUGCGUACAAACGUGCAAACCGAGGAACGAGGAAGUGGAAUGGACGCGAAACGCCGUACAUGCACGGACCUGCAACAUUAUUAUAUUGCAGAAUUACGGGCGAAAUUGUGAGAAAUAGCACUAAAUAAUGGUUAAUUGCUGUAUAUGCUGGAAAGAACAUUGUUCUCUAUUACCACGAAAAUGUCAUAGUUUUCCAACAAAUACAGAAAGGCGUGAAAAAUGGUUUCAUAGCAUUGGUUAUACUGUCAAUGCUUACAAAAAUGCCAAAAUUUGCAGUGAUCAUUUUACAGAGGAUGAUUAUAAUUAUACUGGUACAUCCGUACAAAGUAAAAGAUUAAAGAAGACUGCAAUACCAUCUGUUUUAAUACAAAGAAAUAUAAAAAGAGACUCAGGGAGCAACAUUCAAACUGAUAGUUAAAAUGAAUCAAUGGAUAUGAGAAAUGAAUGUACAAUGGAUAUUGAGCAUGAAUCGAGAAAGGAUUAUCAACAAUCAAGCGACAUUCAACAUGACAAUAUUAUGGCUGAAGCAACACUUGUCGAGAAAAGUGACGCCGCUGGGCAAAGGUAAGACAAACAUGAUAAUAAAGAAACGUUUGUAAUUUGUUGUAACUACUUAUAUUAAUAUAUAUGAAGUAAUAUUAUAAAUAUUAUAUUUUAUACCCAUAUAUUAUAUACUCAUUUGGUUCAGAAAACUAAAACGUAACAUUAAGAACGUGGAAAAAAUAUUUCUAAGAACUAGGAAAUUUAAUGUAGAAUGUAUAAGGAAAACAGAAUUUGUUAGUAAUCAGGCGUGGAUUACGUUCGUUAAAUAUAUUAAUUAUAACAGAUAUUUACAUAAACUGAAUAUGUCCAAAAAGUCACGCGCACGGAAGAAAAUAUCUACAAUGCAAUCUGUCAUACAAAUAUCACAAAGUAAAAAUUUAGUAACAACUGAUGCUGUUAAUGCUCUAAAGGUAAGUGAUUAAUAGUCCAAGGCUGAUGAGUUUUAUGUUUUAUGUAGAAAUUGUUUAUGUAUUUACAAAACUUUAUGUAUUUAUUUAUAAAUACAUAAAUAGUUUUUUUAAGUUACACUGAAGAUGGUUCAAUGAUUAAACCGAAACGUUUGUUUUGUACACUGGAAGAAGAAUAAACAACAUAGCACG